AUUAUUCUUCGAGUGUUAUGAAAUUUCGUAUUUCGAUAUUCUACGAUUAAGUAAAUGUGCGACAUUCUUUCACAUUUAUGAAUUCUCUAUGUUAUGUGUGGAAGAUAAAGCUAAUCGCUCGAGGCAUGCCACGGAAAAAGAUGUGUGUGCGUGCCUACUUGGGGAGAUGCUAUGAAGAAUAUUUGUAGGAAACAAUUUCAGGUAUAAGAGAUUCUUGUUUUGAGGGACAUUUCGUUUCGAAACUUUAGGCAGCCAGAGUUUUGCAAGUGGGCCUUUAACGUGCCACGAGGAGAAGCGUGUCUGUUAAAGUGGGAAAUGAUUCCGUCGGACACCGAUAUCCUCGUGACGCACACGCCUCCCGUCGGUUAUGGGGACCUGUGUUGCACUGACGUACGCGCCGGAUGUGUCGAAUUAUUGUCAACGGUGCAAAAUCGCGUGAAACCCAAGUAUCACGUAUUCGGUCACAUACACGAAGGAUAUGGUAUAUCUUCAGACGGCAAGAUAAUAUAUAUCAAUGCGUCGACGUGCGAUUUGAAUUAUCUGCCGAAUAAUCCACCAAUAGUAUUUGAUAUAACAUUACCUCCCGGUGUUCAAAAAUCGUGAACCAUCAGCCGAGGUAAUAUAUCCAACGCUAUCGACCUACGCUUCAUUGCACAAUGUUGCAUUAUGAAGUUUCGAAUUUUGUAAACUAAAGAAAAUCGGUGUAUGACCGAUAUAAAAAUACGUAUGGAAGUUUCUUGCCUUAAUUUUUCAACCACACGUGUAUAAAAUAUAUCGUAUGAGUUAUCAAUU